AUGUCGAACCUCCGAACUCGCUGCCCACUGUCAGAGGACAAUCGGUCGUUUUCCGACCACUCGCUCGUGACCUUGUCCUUAGUGGCGGCGGAAACCGAGAAGGAGGCCCGGCGGGGCCCGGAAAGGAUCGGGAGCUCGUCAACCAUCUUGUCCAUUCGCGGGGCAUUUACCGACACGUCGGGGGAAACGGGCCCGGAGAUAAGCUUCGGGCCGGAAGCCCGUCUUGAUAUCGGGAGGGAGGGCUUUUGGGCCGGGGUGUGUGAAACCGGGAGCUACACACACAUACACACAAACACACCUUUUGCCGAAACCAUUCUUGGGGUUUUCAAUGCAGCAGAAGCUGAGAAUUUUGCCGUAACCGGUUUCUUUACACCAAUGUCCUCGACUGAAAUGUCGGAUAACUUCUCGUUCGAAUGGCUCGAGGAUUUGUGA